UAUCAAUGCAGGUUUACAUUAUUUUGACGUGUGGUUGAUGUUUCCUUGACUCUUGUCACCUAAUGCUGAUAGUGCAGCCACAUUUAUCACCCGUCUUUUCUGAUUAGUGUGUGAGGCGCACUUGUCAACGCCAGGUGGUAGGCAGGGGUUGGACUUUCAGGUCUGCAGGAAUUAACACUGAGUAAAAUUUUGAAGAAUUGAGAUGAGCGCGGAACUUCUCUUUUCUUUUUUCGAAAGAUAUAUAUUUUAACCUUGUUUUUGCCUCGAUCAACUUAAGUAUUGUAUACGCCUCAUACUGUAAACCAGUGCCAGAACGCAGUCUAAUACACUGUAUGAAGUGAGGGGAUCUAGGGGCUGGCUAAUACCUUUCAGAUGACACAAAGCUUUUCACAAUUAUCAAGUCCACUUUAAUGUACCCUGAAAGAUGGACACCUUACACAAGGAGAUAUUGAAGAAGUUCCGCGUCAGACUGAUUGACGAGCUGUGUGAUGUCAGCACCAUCGUGGAACACCUGUUUCAGCAUGACACCGUUACCGAGGGAUUGAAGGAUAAGAUACAGGCGACGCAAACAGAGAGAGAAAAAAUUCGUUGCCUGUUGGACAUCCUUCCGAAGCGAGGCCCAGAGGCGUUCCGGCGGUUCCUGGCGGCUGUGGAGGUCAGUCAUGAUUGGAUAGUUAGGGACAUGAGGGAGGCCGUCAUCUUGGACGAAGCUAAACUUACCCGGAUGAAGGGGGGCGUUUCGAAAAAUGUAAGGGACGUAGAUCCAGAAAUUCGUCAGGAGGUCAUAGACUUCUGCUCAAAGCUGUGGCGAGAGGACCGAUACAGACGGAUCCCCGAAUUUGCCAAGAGCGGCAUAGAGGACGCCUUGACCAAGAGACUGGCCCAAGAAAAGAGGCUGCGAGAGCGACAGGAGUCUUUCUUCCGAGUCACUAAGACGCAGAAUGAGGCACUUCUCCCAGAGCUGAAGAACAAAGUUCGUGAAAUGUGUGGACGGUUCGGAGACUCGGAUACUGAUCAACAAAGAAACAGGGUGAAUGAUUCAUCAGACGACUUGGAAGCUUUGGAAAUUUACAUCCGGGCUGUUCGACAUCUCCUGGAGAAAAACGAGGUGCGCGUUGCCGACUGUUACCGAAUUAUGAACCUCGAAAUUCCGAACGAAAACCGAAACAGACUCCCAUUGUCGGAGAAAAUCGAAGAACUUUUAGCAGAUCGCGACGAACAAAUCCGUGAACUGCGCAGUGAAAAAAAGAAACUUCAAAUGGAAUUUGAAACUUUCAAAUCUGCCGCCGAGUAUGAAAGGGUAAAAAUGGAAAAUCAAGCACGGGGAUAUUCCGCCGAAAUACAGUGUCUGGAGGACGAGCUGAAAAACGUUAAAAUGGACAAAAGUGAAGUUCUGCUAGAACUUCAGUCCAGUAGGGAGGAAGCAGCCAGCCUGCAGAUGGAAGUUGAAACCCUGACUAAGGAGAUAAUGGCUUUACAAUCUUCCCCCCGUGGCUCAGUGCAGGGACACGCUUCUCCCAGAAAAUCUUUGAGAGUAGAUUCCUCUCUGUCACCCGCCCGGACACGGAGUAAACGACGAUAAUUUUUAAAAACAAUUAUAUUGGGUGACUCAAAAAUGCUACUGAUUUCAAAGUUCAACAGUUACGAAGAUAUUGCAAUGAAAUUUAGGCUUCUAGGGAAAAUGAUGUUAUAAAUGAAUGCUGAAAGUUUCAUGACUCAGUCUUUCUUAAUUUUGGCACACAGAAAAUAAUUAAGUCAAAAAGUGCCAUGUGACUUCUGACAGGUGCCCGUGUCUGACAGUUUUAACACCUGUCAGUGUGUUCUUGAUUUAAUGAUAAUAUCAAAUUUGUUUCACUUUUACCAUUGGUUGGCCAAUCAUAAUAAAUCAAAACCCUGUGUCAAAUGUCAAUUCAAAAGCUUGUGCAAUGUUGAUGUUGGUGAACUUUGAAGUUACAGUUACUUUUUUUAGCCAUUCGAUAUGAAGUGUGACUACCACUUGUGGUAAUGGUCGCUUGAAUAGGGCUGAGGUGCCAUGGACAUAUAAUACAGCUUUUCAAGAACACGUUUUAGUGUUUACAUUAUGUUCAGAGACCUAUACACUGUAUAGGUAUAUUUUGUUAUAAAGGUAUAUAUUGUAGAUAUAUUUUCACCAGCCAGUGAAGUGGGGAUAUUACAGAGUUCUGUGAAAUUAAGAUAAGGUUGCGGUGUAAAUUUAGAUCGUUUUCUGUCCAUUUUCUGUGCUACGGGAUUGUUUAUUUUUUAAUAUAUUGACACCCUGAAUUGGUUGUUUUUGUAAAUUCCAAUCACUCAAUUUUUUGUGGGAAAUUGGAGAUCAUUGUGCCUUUUUCACCAUUUAAAAUACAUCAAUUUAUAAGCCUAUUUGAAACGCAAGAAAAUACUUUCCCUUGAAUGUGAACGUCUAUAAAUAUAU